AGCCUCGUGCCGAGCCGGUGUCUACCGUCGACAGCGGUUAAUUCCCCGUUCAAAAGCCCACUAUCCGCACAGAAACGGCAACGAGAAUGUCGCAAACGGGGAGAAACGGCCACCGGCGGAUCUCCUUCGGCGGGUCCGAAGCUAACCGCUUCCGAGCACGAAAUGAUGAUCCUCAAGAUUUUGAGCCAACCCUUCAAGGUGCCGAUCGCGAACUAUGUGCCCGAGCAUUCGACCCGUUGUCUGGGCAUGAAACGGGCGGCAGCCCGACGAGCAAUGUACGAUCCGUUUGCUUGUAACGCUCUGGUGCUGUACAGUCCGCCUGAGUUGACCGAACACGAGAAGCUUAAGAUGGAUACAAACAAACUGCCAGUCCACGUGGUGGUCGAUCCCCUGCUCGGUAACAUUCUGCGCCCUCAUCAGCGGGAAGGUGUCCGCUUCAUGUACGACUGUGUGACGGGCGCGAAGGGCGAAUUUAAUGGGUGUAUCAUGGCCGAUGAAAUGGGGCUUGGAAAGACUCUGCAAUGCAUUACGUUGCUGUGGACGCUUCUCCGACAAAGCCCGGACUGUAAACCAACGAUCGGGAAGGCGAUUAUUGUGUGCCCAAGUUCGUUAGUGAAGAAUUGGUACAAAGAGUUCGGCAAGUGGCUCGGUUGCCGAGUGAACUGCCUGUCCAUUGACGGUGGUUCGAAAGAGCAAACGACGAAAGAGUUAGAACAGUACAUGGCAAACCAGAGCCAACGGCACGGCACGCCGGUGCUGAUAAUUAGCUACGAAACGUUUCGCCUUUACGCGCCCAUACUGAACAAUUCGGAAGUGGGAGCCGUGCUGUGUGACGAGGGGCAUCGGCUGAAGAACUGCGAAAACCUUACCUACCAAGCGCUGAUGGGACUCAAAACGAAGCGCCGGGUUCUGCUGUCCGGAACACCGAUCCAGAACGAUCUGACUGAGUACUACAGCUUGUUGCACUUUGUGAACCCUAACAUGUUGGGAACGACUGCGGAAUUUCGGAAGCAGUACGAGUUGCCGAUCCUACGCGGCCAGGACGCCAAUUCUACUGAAGCGGAGCGCGAAAAAGCCGCGGAGCGUUUACAGGAGUUGGCGGGACUCGUGAAUCGGUGUAUGAUACGGCGUACCAGCGCACUGCUGACCAAGUAUCUUCCAGUUAAGUUCGAGAUGGUGGUUUGCGUACGGAUGACCGCGGUACAGGCUGACCUGUAUAAAGCCUUUUUACAGUCGGACACGGUCCGGCGGAGCUUGCAACAGCAGCGCUCGGAGCAGAAAGCUAGCUUGACCGCACUCUCGAACAUAACGACGCUGAAGAAGUUGUGCAAUCACCCGGAUCUGGUGUACGAAAAGAUACAGGAGGGUGCCGAUGGGUUCGAGAAAGCAGCCAGCAUCAUGCCGGCAAACUAUAACACUCGCGAGUUGCGACCAGAGUUCGGAGCGAAGCUUCUUCUGCUGGAUUGUAUGCUCGCUUCCAUCAAAGCCACGACCACCGAUAAGAUCGUGCUCGUGUCGAACUACACGCAAACGUUGGAUUUGUUUGAGAAGCUGUGCCGCAAACGAGGCUAUGGCUACGUUCGACUGGAUGGCACGAUGACGAUCAAGAAACGAGGAAAGGUAGUGGACCAAUUCAACAGCGCCGAUUCGUCCGAUUUUAUCUUUAUGCUCAGCUCGAAGGCAGGCGGUUGCGGGCUGAACCUGAUCGGGGCAAACCGGUUGGUGAUGUUCGAUCCGGAUUGGAACCCGGCCAACGAUGAGCAAGCGAUGGCCCGGGUGUGGCGCGAUGGGCAGAAGAAACCGUGCUUCAUCUAUCGGCUCCUAGCCACUGGUUCGAUCGAGGAAAAAAUCUUCCAACGUCAGACGCACAAGAAGGCACUCUCGACGACGGUGGUCGACAACAAUGAGGACGGUGAACGGCACUUUACGCGCGAUGACCUGAAAGAUCUGUUCAAGCUAGACGAGGGGACAAUCUCGGACACGCACGAUAUCUUUCGUUGCAAACGCUGCACGAACGGUGUUCAGACGCGCUUGCCGCCGGAAAGCAGCGACUGCAUGUCGGAUCUGGUGCACUGGUACCAUUGCGCCACCAAUAAGGGCAUUCCGGACGACAUACUUUCAAAGUCGUGGGACAUUACCCGCUGUAUUUCGUUCGUGUUUCACCAUCGCUCCAACUCGGCCGUGGUGGAGCAAGAGCUGGCCGAACAAAGGCGCCUGCAGGCACUGGCCGCGAAACAGCAAAAGGAAGAACAGGAAGAGGUGGACGACGAAACGAAGGAAAAUAGGAGAAUCGAUUCGUGUCCCGAGGACGACGACGAUGAGCCGGAGGAUGACGGGAAGGAUGAAGAUUUCGUUCUGUAG